GGGUACCGGUUGGGGUCAAAACGCUGCGGCGGCCGCGCUGUCGGCAGGGACGGGACGGCUGCGCUGGAUUCCCGGUCCCCCUCCGAUGGAUCCCACCCCGAGCGCUUCCCACCGCCGCCGCCUCCUGCUUCUCUCGCCGGCGUCCCCCGCCUCGCCCGCCGUGGUCAAGGCGCUCUUUCAGGAUGAGCUCUCGCCUGUCUCGGACCUUCGCCUCACUAUGGAGCAGCUGGGGCGCGGGCAGCGUGAAAACCUGGACCAAGACAUGGGAACCAAAAAUGGAUUGCACAGAUCAGCCUCUUCAGAGUCCACAGACUCAGGUUUGGCUUUGGAUUCUCCUGGCCCUGCGAGCUCCCACGACGCCAUGGAGGACACGUUUGAGAAAGCAAUCAAAGCCAGCAGGCUGAACCUUCGAAUACCUUUCAGAAGAAUCCAUUCCCUGCCACAAAGCCUGCUGGGCUCCAGCCCUGCUCUGAAGAGAAACCACUCUGACUCUCUGGACACUGAUGCUUUCCAGCCUUUGGAACAGGAUGAAAAUAAGGAAAAUGAAUCAUUUGAGUUCAAGAAGCCAACCAAACCAGCUUCUCGUGGCUUCCGUGAUGGGAGGGGUGUUCCUGCAGCAAGGCAGAAUUCAUCUCCAGCCCAGCUGCCCGUGGGGGAAACAGCCUCUGGGGAACAGGAGAGCUCCAGGGCAGCCUUCCUGCAGCAGCAUUCCCUGCCCUCCUCGGAGAGUGAGGAUGAUGAUGGCUUCAUGGAGCUGCUGGAUGACCAGGACUUGAAGAACGAUGAGGAGAUGCCCUCGGACGUGUCCAGCCUCUGGACGGCGCCGCUGGUCAUGAGGAGAGCGGACAGCAGGGCCAAGCGGUGCCGGCUGUUUGGCUCUUCAUCCAUGUCAAGCAUUGCAGGAAGAACCACCCAGAAGAGGAUGGAGAGGUCCCAGGAGGAGAAUUCUCCAGGGAAAAGCAAGAAGAGGAAAAGCCUGCCAGGAACUUCUGAGGACUCCACGAGCCUGAAGCUGGUGAGGACCCAGCCCUCCACAGCAGAGAUUGAGAGCAUUUUGGACAGUGACCAGAGGGACCUUAUCGGGGACUUCUCCAAGAGUUAUUUAUUUGACACUGUCGAUGGGAAACAUCAAGAUUUAAAAUACAUCGACUCCGAAAUGAUUGUGUCUGUGCUGACUGGGAAGUUUGAGAGCUUCAUCAAGCAGUGUGUGAUAAUUGACUGUAGAUACCCCUAUGAGUAUGAAGGGGGGCACAUCAAGGUCAUCGUGGUGUUCCACUGCGAGUUCUCCUCGGAGCGGGGCCCGCGCAUGUGCCGGUUUGUGAGGGAGCAGGACAGGCUGAGCAAUGAGUACCCCAACCUGCACUACCCAGAGCUCUAUGUGCUCAAGGGGGGCUACAAGGAUUUCUUCUCGAGGUGCCAGAGCUUCUGCGAGCCCCAGAGCUACCGCCCGAUGCACCACAAGGACUUCAAGGAGGACCUGAAGCGGUUCCGCACCAAGAGCCGGACCUGGGCCGGGGAGAAGAGCAAGAGGGAGAUGUACAGUCGGCUCAAGAAGCUCUGAGGGCUGCAGGGACCUGCAAGGACUGCCCAGCCUGGGGGCUGCAGUGGGACAGCCACGUGUUCCUGUGCUCCCACCCCCCUGGGCUGUCCCUCCCUGGGAUCACCUGGACCUCGGCCCCGCGAGCCGGAUUCCGGCUGGGAGCUGCCUUGGGAUUCUUUUGGUUACGUUGCUUCGUGAAAAUGUUGUGGCUUCUUGUGUUGUGUGACACCCCCAGAUCGCCCAGGAAGGGCGGGGACAGCCUCGUGGGGCUGGGCUCGGUGUCAGCACUGCCAGGGAAUUGUAGUGCCUGUUAAUUUUUUAAAUGCUUAAUUUUAUUUAAAUACAGUCAAAUGAAGCCAAUACCGCUGCGGUUGGAUCAUCUGGAUUGUACUUAAACCUUGUUUCUGCUCCAGGGCGACCUGCUGGGGGGGAGUGGGGGGUUAUUGUUUUUCUCAAUGCAGUUUUGGUUCUGUGGGAAGCAUUGUGGGAAGGAAAAUGGGAAAUAUCCCACGAUGGCUCAGGAUUCCCACCUGGGCCAGUGCUACAGGAAGCCCUGGGAGCCCAUCUGAGGGAAAAUGCUUCUUGUUCAUAAACAUCACGUUCACCUCGUU